AUGUCGGCCAACAAAAGGGGCAAACAGUCGGACAAACGAGUCGUGAAGGAGGCGGCGGUCGGCGGCGACGCGACGGACGCCUCGGAAGUGACUGAAUUGCGGCGACGAUUGGAUGAGUUUGAGGACAGACACGAUCAGAUCAAAGAGGAGUUCCAUUCCCUCAAGACCUUGAACGACGACAUGACGCAGAGACACGAGUCGGAGCUGAAGGCGCUCAAGGGAGAGCUCCGGUACGCCAGCAAAGAGGUCGAGAAAUACCGAGAUAUCAAUAAAUACUUGAGAGAAGAGAAGAGGGAACUCAAGGAUCAGAUGAACAAAAUGAACGCUUCUAUCGAUGAACUCAAGCGACUGCUCGAAGACAAAGACAUUCAGUUGAAUGAGACGAUCAGGAAUCAGGAUAAGAGUGUCCGACAACUGACCGAUGAGUUGCGCGCUCUUCACGACCAGAACGACGCCAAACAACUCCAUCAACAGGUCUGUCAUCACCGGUGUCUGUCAUCGCCGGUGUCUGUCAUCACCGGUGUCUGUGAUCACCGGUGUCUGUCAUCACCGGUGUCUGUCAUCGCCGGUGUCUGUCAUCGCCGGUGUCUGUCAUCACCGGAAAUGCGCGAUAAUUACGAGAAAAGAGUGCGUGAACUGAGCGAUGAGACAAAGACUCUGAGGGAUCAGUUGAACAAAGAGCUGAAUUGGAAACGAAAAUAUGAGGAUUCGGUGAAAAAAGGUGAACAGAAUAGCAAUCGAUUGCAGGAUCUGUACGAUAAGAUCCAUAACCUCGAGAGCGAGUUGACCGCCAAAGCGAACCAAAUCGACACCAAAGACCGCGAGAAUCGGAAACUGAAGAAUACAAACAAAAUACUUCAGGACCAGUGCAAGGAAAUGGACAAACAGGCCGAACAGUUUAAGACCAAAUACGUGGGCAUUGGGGCCCAGAGGGAGAAACUCAAGGCCGAUAAGGACUCCACCCUCUCGGAGGUCCAGAAGCUGAGCAAAGACUUACAGUUCGUGCGAAACAAAUUGGACGCAACACUGAAGGAGAGGGACGACAUCUUUGCCCGAUUGGAGGCCCAACGCAUCGAAUACGAGGCCCUCAUUGACACCGAGAGGCAGAAGUUAGCGGCCAUUCAGAAGGAGUUGCAUAACGAGUGCCAAAAGAGUCGCGAACUCGAGGAGCGCUUCUCAGUUCAGGAACAGAACAUGUAUUCUAACGAUGAGGUUAUCAUAUCAUUGGACGCGAAGAUCAGUAUUUUGGAGGAACAGCUGAUUGCCAUCAAAGAGGAGGCGGCGAAACACAUCACAACAAUCGGCACAUUGAAGAUGAAGAACGCGGAACUGUCCGUCGCCUAUAAGGAUAGGCACGAGAAAGUGGAGGAACUGGAGGAUCGCAUCGAGUCAUUACACCAUCAGAUGGAUGUGAAGGAGGAUGAGAUGAACCGCGAGAGGGAUGUCUAUAAUCAGCAACUGAUCCAACAGAAGAAGGCCAUCGAUCACCUCCAAGACAAGAAUGACUCGCUUUUGAAGCAAAAGAAGCCACUGUUUAGUAUAACCCCAACCAAAAUGUUUGUAAGCAAUAGUCCGCGUCCGCCGCCUAACUGUCCGCUCGAUUCCAAAGAUAUUUACAAAGCGUUAGCCGAAGAGAAGUCUAAUAAUAGACGACUUGUCGAUGAGAUCGCUAAACUGAAAGGCGACGCAAACUUUUUUAAAAAUGAAGUAUUUCAAUUAAAGAAUUCAAUAAAAACUGAUGACUCGAGUCUUAACUCUCAAUCCAAUGAUGUCUUCCGAAAGCCGUUGUUCACAGACAACAGGAAUCGCGUCCCACAGAGGGUUGAGAAUCGUGUGCACAAUACGGCCGACACCUGGUCGUUGGGGUCGCAGCGCAUGCAUCACAACAUUCCGCAUCGGUUUGUGGAGAUCACCACAAAGAUCCCAAACACCAAAUGCGUGUCGUGUGCCGACAACAUACACUUCGGGCGCAAAGCCGUGCGAUGCAGCGAAUGCAGUGCCACCACACACACCAAGUGCUCACACAAAAUGCCUAAUAAUUGCGGACUACCCGUCCAAAUGAUGCAACAGCUCUUCCACAGUAGCUAUGAUGUGGACAACCAGUUGGACGACGACUACUAUCAGAGCCAACGCGUGGACGAUGUCAUACGUGUGGAGCCGUUAGAGCCGUCGGCGCCCGAAGAGACGUUUGUUAAAUACGAGGACCACUCGGACUCGAGCGGCACCACCGAUAACAACGAGCCCGACAGCGGCGCCGCCAUGUCUGACGCCAUACUCGAGUCGGAGUUCCGCGAAAUUGUAGACAUUUGUGACAAUAAAGAGAACGACGGCUUCUCUUUCACCGAUUCAAUGAUCGAAGUGUUGGACCGACACUACAAAUAA